CUUUAAUUUCACAACUUGCAGGCACGAAUUCAGCGCGUUUUGGUCAUAAAAUGGGUGAUAUCGCGUUUUCUGGUGGAGUUGCGGGCGGGACACACACACACUCAAAAAAACGCCAAGCGUUCUCUCACAUUUUGCAACCGCCAGAGCUCUUGCGCUCCUGGUCCAAAAUGUCCACCGGACCCAACGAUCGUCAUUGUCUGUUUAACUCCAUCUACAUCGCCUUCGUUUCAUUGUCCAGACCUCCAACAAUAAUGCCGUGAAUCUCUCGACGAUCACGCUCGACGACCCGAAUGAACGAAGUGCCCCAGCGCAUAUAAGACGCAAACCGUCCCCCAUCACGAACCGAACGUUUCCUACCACCAGCCGUCCGCGACCAUCCUGCGCCUCCAUCGCCUUCGACAUGUCAGAAUCAUAUGAACGGGAAAGGCAGAAUAACUCUCGCCUGGAUGAGUUAUCUGGCAAGGUGUCCGCUCUUCGGGGCGUGACUAUUGAUAUCUAUGACAAUGCUCGGAAUCAGGAUAUAAUUGACAACUCGAGCGAAGUUUUCUCGAACAUGUCGACGACACUCAAGGGCAGCGCCACGAGAUUGGGACGGGCGGCUCAAGCGGGGAACAAGACAGCGAUCCUCAAGCUGGCAGGCAUAAUCGUGGUAACGGUGGUGCUACUGUACUGGAUACUUGGCUUUAUCUUUAGCUUCAUCUUUGGGGGCAAGAAAUCAUGA